AUGGCAUUGAUUCAAAUGGUUAAGUCAGCAGGAGCAGCAACGUUUGAGGAGAUGGCAGGUAAAUACUUCGACAUUAUAACUCGGGUAUUAAGUCAGAACAACUGUAGCUGCUUAGACCUCGUAUUUGACCAGUACCGUGCCAUGUCUAUCAAAGCAGCAGAGCGCCAAGAAAGAGGAGAAAGUUUGUCCAUGGAGAUUAAGAUUCACAAUCAAAAUACGCCAGUUCCCAAGCAGUGGAAUAAAUUCAUGUCAAAUCCAAAGAAUAAGCAGAAUUUAGCUACAUUCUUAUGUGAGUCUCUACGUACCAUUUUGAAGACACAAUUGCACCCACGGCAGAAUGUUUUCAUAGCAGGAGGAUUCAAAGAUGGCAGAGAAACGGUUUCGUGUAUCCGCGGAAAUUCAUCCAGUGUUUCAUCUUUGUUUUCCGACCAGGACGAAGCAGACACAAGACUUCUACUGCACGCCAAACAUGCUUCAAACACUCGUCAAAGAGGUGUUGUUCAGUCCCCUGAUACAGCUGUAGCGGUGUUAUGUGUUGCUCAUUUUCAGAAUAUCGGAUGCCGUGAGCUAUGGUUCCAGACAGGACUAAAAGACAAAGUGAGAUUCAUUCCAAUUCAUUCAUUCAUUACAAUCCUCCCUUGGUCUUUUGCUCUUGAAAGCCUUGCCAGCAUAGCAUGCAUGGACAGGAUGCGAUACAACAAGUGCUUUUUCAGGUACUACUGCCAAAAAAUUGCUAAAACUGAUGAUGCACGGCAUUUCCUUUUCUGUCGGAAGAACAAGACAAGCGACAAUCUGCCUCCCAAAUCUGACAGUCUAUCACAUCACAUUAAAAGAGCCAACUUCCAGACAUAUAUCUGGAAGACAGCUCUUUGUCCAAUGCAGAACCUUCCUUCACCGGACGGACUUGGGUGGAAAUUGGAAGAUGAUGUACUAUUGCCAGUCCUUAUGACGAAAAAUUCGGCGCCAGAAGGAAUUGCGGAGUUAACAACCUGUGGCUGUGAGAAGUCGAAAUGUUUACGCAAUUGUUCAUGCAAGUCAAGCAACCUUCCUUGUACAGAAGCAUGUGCGUGCAUGGCUGAUCAUGAAAGCUGUUCAAACCCCGUUAAUGAUGUUGUCGACUCCAGUGUUCUAAAGAGUGAAAAUGACGAUCCUGACAUUUAA